CGCGGGGGGCGGGCGGAGCGCGGGGCGCUGGGCGGGAAGCGGAACGGAGCUGAGGGGAUUCCGUCCCGUCCCGUCCCGUCCCGUCCCGUGGCGCCGCGAUGGUGCUGUGCGACGUGUGCGGGCAGGCGCUGCCCUCAGAGGCGGCGGCCAGGCGGCACCUCCAGCGCCCGUCUCCGUGCCGUCCCCAGCCCCGCUGCCCGCUCUGCGCCACCGCCGCCGCGGGCUGCGACGAGCUCCGCCGGCACAUGGAGACGGCCCACCCGGAGCCGGGCCCGCCGGGCUCCCACCGCCCCGAGGCACUGCCCGAGUGCCCUUUCUGCGGGGAGGUGGCGGGGCGGGAGCUGGAGGAGCACGUCAGGRCGCGGCACGGGCACCUGCUGGGCGCCCCGGGCUCCGACAGAGGAAAUGGUGAACAGCUGUAUGAAUGUCCUAUGUGUAGUCUUACCUGUACAAACAUUCAGAUUCUUGAAGAACACGUGGAUUUACACUUAGAGGAACAUAACUUUUCAGAAGGUGGAAACAUCAGAGAUCUAGAAUUGGCUCAGCAGCUCCAAACUGAAGAGCAUGAACGGCAGAGAUCAGAAGAAGAGAAGCRAGAGAGGGAAGAAUUUAAAAAGCUGCAGAGACAGUAUGGCUUGGAUAAUUCUGGUGGCUUCAAGCAGCAAUUUGUAAAGAAUAUGGAAAGAGAAGUUGAUAGAGGAAGGAUGCUGCCCUUUGAAUAUCAUAAGAGAAAAGCUGACAUGAUGGAAAGUUUGGCUGCUGGUAUAGAUGAUGGAAAAACAAAAACCUCAGGAGUCAUUGAAGCAUUGUGCAAGUACUAUCAGAAUGAGAACAAAGAUGUGAGGCGUGUGUGGCUUUCAGCAGGAGUAGAUCACUUCCACUCAUCCUUGGGUGACAGAGGCUGGGGUUGUGGUUACAGGAAUUUCCAAAUGCUCCUUUCCUCACUGUUGCAAAACAGCUUCUACAACGACUGCCUGAGAGAUACUACACUAAUUCCUAGUAUACCAAAGAUUCAGUCCAUGAUUGAAGAUGCCUGGAGAGAAGGUUUUGAUCCUCAUGGGGCAUCUCACUUCAACAACAGAUUACAUGGUUCCAAAGCAUGGAUAGGAGCAUGUGAAAUUUAUUCACUGUUAACCAGUCUCAGGAUAAAGUGCCGAAUCAUUGACUUUCAUAAACCCACUGGCCCCAUGGGUACGCACCCUCGUUUGUUUGAGUGGAUUUUGCAUUACUAUUCUACAGAUAGUGAAGGUGGUGCAAAGGUGGUGUGUACUUCCAAACCUCCUAUCUACUUGCAACAUCAAGGUCAUAGUCGUACUGUUGUUGGAAUAGAAGAGAAGAAGAACAAAAGCUUAUGCUUGCUACUGUUUGACCCGGGAUGUUCUUCCCAAGAAAUGCAGAAACUGCUGAAACAAAACAGUGAUGGAUCUGGUGUCAAACUACUUCGGAAAUUUGUGGGUAGCCUAAAGGAAAAGCAAUACCAAAUAGUGGCUGUAGAUGGGGUGCUCUCUUUGGAAGAGAAAGCCGCUCGUUGCCAUGCUUCUCAGGUCUUAACAUCAGAGAAGAUUCCAUAAAGGAUACCUUUGUAACCUGUUUCUGGAACUUAUUGAGUGCAAAACAUUAAACUGCUGAACCAUGGACCCUAACUCAACAAUUCUUAAACUAUGUCCCCAUGAAUGCUUGGAAGCUUUGGGAAAGCACGACACUGGAGUAAACCUGUAGUUUUUGUGUUCAGUCAAAACUCUGACAUCCUGAUAAAACUGUUACCGAAACAUUGCCAUCUUUGUCUUACUAGAAAAUGUGUUAUUUUGUUAGUUGCUUAAAUUAGCAACACCUAAUGUCUUGUAGCAAAUUAUGCACUAUUAAUGAGCCGUGGAUAAAUAUAUGAUGGAGUUACUUCAUUGAAGUUCCUCGUCAUGGUUUACCUCUCUAAAUGUGUCUAUGCUGCCACUGUGACCAGUCCUCUAUGUUUUCAUGAUUCAGUCUCUUCCACCAAGGAUUAGUUUACUAGUGAACUUGUUUUCAGUUGGCUGACUUCUCUAGAUGGAUCACUUUYAAACAUGAACACACAUGCUUAGGAGUUGGAUCAGUGUUGGCAUUGGCUAAGAAGGCUAAGAAAGUGGUGUCCAGGAUGGAAUGUGUGUGCUUUAGGUGCUGUGCAAGAUAAUCCUUUGGGAGGAAGAAAAUAGUCCUUUUGUACUAUGAAUGAAUAAAAUUAAUAU